GUUUAUGGCUUCCUCACCCUCCAAGCCGCUAGUCAUCCACCUUCCUGGGUCAGUCAUGUUCAACGGAGAGCCGCCAUUGCGACGUUCGAGUCGUCAAAGCAAUCACUCAACCGGUUCCGAAUAUAAUCCUCACGAAACAUCUUCGCCGAAUGGGCCAUCAUUCGAGGAGCCGGAGCCAGAGCCACCCAAGGAGAUGACCACUACGCGUUCCGGGCGGCGCGUUGCAAAGAGACAGUACGCAGAGAGCGAAGCUACCGACGAUGCAAUCGAAGGCGGGAAUCCGGCCAACCUUUUCGACGGGGACGACAAUGACGUGGGACACGGUCGAGCGUCGAUGUCUGAUGACAGCCAACGGCCACGACGCAUCAGGCGGGGGGGCCAAAUGAGAAGGGGAAGCUUCAUUGCCAGCGAAGACGACGAGCCCCAAGAGCCCCGAUACGAGAUGCGCACCAGGAUACAGAAGAAGCCGUCCCCCACAGCGACUUCAGGCGCCUCGAGACAAAUACGGAAGACGAGAACUACGGCCCAGGAUCGCGCUGCUCGAUACGCUCGGAGAAGUGUCAAAGAAGAGGCCGACUAUCAGCCCAACGCACAUCAGUCAUCUGAAGAUACCCACCUGGGCUCAGAUGCCGACGCGGACGGCGAGCUCGACCCUGAGGAACUCGAGCCACCUGAGCCGGAGGAGGAGGAGGAGGAAGAAGAAGACGACAACAAUCGUCCGUACUCAUUGCGGCAGCGGCAACCGGUCAAUUACGCCAUCCCCCCACCGCUAGAGGAAAUGUCCCGUCCGCCCCCGCCUCAACGACCGACCGGCCCCAAUCGAAAACGUACCAACAAGGGGCCGGGAUGGAGUGCUAGCGGCGCUGAGCUGGGGAGGUGGAUGGGCAUGAAUGGGCCUGAUGACUCGGACUCUGACAAUCCCGGCAACGCACCUAGAACUCCGCGAAAACCAGUCGCAUUGGGCUUUACCACGACGCCGAUGCCGAUGGGAAGCAACAUUGGUGGGGGUGCUGGUAUGGGCAAGGUUACAGAAGCUGCGCUUGCAGACGCGGAUCCUUUGGGUGUGAAUCAGAAUGUGACUUUUGACGAGGUCGGUGGUUUGGACGAUCACAUCCAUGCAUUGAAGGAGAUGACUCUACUUCCUUUGCUCUAUCCGGAAGUUUUUCAACAAUUCAACGUCACUCCACCCCGAGGCGUUCUCUUUCACGGGCCGCCCGGUACUGGUAAGACACUUCUAGCACGAGCCCUCGCUGCUUCUUGCCGUACAAAUGGUCGUCAGAUCACAUUCUUCAUGCGCAAAGGAGCUGACAUCCUCUCUAAGUGGGUCGGUGAAGCUGAGCGCCAGCUUCGUCUGCUGUUUGAAGAGGCACGAACACACCAACCCAGCAUCAUCUUCUUCGAUGAAAUCGACGGUCUUGCACCCGUGCGGUCCUCGAAGCAGGACCAGAUCCAUGCCUCUAUCGUUGCAACGUUGCUGGCAUUGAUGGAUGGCAUGGACGGCCGAGGGUCUGUCGUCGUCAUUGGUGCUACGAACAGACCAGAUGCCAUCGAUCCUGCAUUGAGGAGGCCGGGUCGGUUUGACCGGGAGUUCUACUUUGGCUUGCCCGGCAACGAAGCGAGGGAGAAGAUUCUCGGCAUCAUGACCAAAGGCUGGAAAGGAUGGGGUGUUGAUGGUGAUGCCGAGCGACUUAGAGGUCUUGCUGCUCUCACCAAAGGGUACGGGGGUGCUGAUCUCAGGGCAUUGUGCACAGAAGCCGCGCUCAAUGCGGUGCAACGCCGAUAUCCGCAGAUUUAUCAGACUUCCGACAGAUUGCUGCUCAAACCGGAGACCAUCGAAGUGGGGCUGCGAGACUUUAUGAUUUCAAUAAAGAAGAUUGUCCCUGCAGCAGCACGAUCUUCGUCCUCGGUUGCUGUUCCCCUAGCUCCACAAUUGGAACCGCUUCUUAGCACUGCUCUGGAACGAGUCAAGAGCGCCAUCACCCGUGUGCUUCCCGUCGACAAGAAGUUGUCCGCUCUUCAGGAGGCCGAAUUUGAGGAUGCCGGCGGUGAAAGCGGAGCUUUGGAACGAGAGUUGUUGAUGCAAGCGAUGUCGUCUCAAAGGGUGUAUCGUCCACGUGUUGUUCUGCACGGUCCUUCCGGCAUGGGUCAGACUUUUGUUGGUGCCGCGGCGUUACAUCAUCUAGAGGGGUACCAUAUACAGAGUCUCGAAUUGGGAGCCUUGCUCGCUGAUUCCACUCGGUCACCAGAAGCAGCCAUCGUACAGCUAUUCGUAGAAGCAAAACGGCAUGCACCAGCCGUCAUCUAUAUCCCAGCGCUCCGAACUUGGUGCUCUGCAGUCUCUGACACGGCGCGUGUGACUGUUGGCACAAUGCUUGAGACACUGGCACCCUCAGAUCCCGUGCUGCUCCUUGCUGUGGUCGAUGGUCCCCUGAAAGCUCUUCCAAGGGACGUCCGCUCUUGGUUCGGUGUCGGUGAAGCCGGUGCCCGAGUCGAAUUGACAGGACCUGACGUCGAUUCGCGGGUCAAGUUCUUUGCCAGUCUGGUGAAGGAUCUGAGGCGACCGCCAAACGAAUUCGCUGACGGCGUUCCGCGGCGCAAGCGGGUGCUGGAGGUGCUGGAAAUCGCGCCCCCGCUAGAGCCAAGGAAGAUGAGCGCGGCCGAGUUAGCUGCUCAGGAGGAGAACGACCAGAGAGUGCUGGCGCUUCUGAAGUACCGCCUGGAACCUAUACUGGCUCUGCUCAAGCGCAAGUUUAAACGGUUUACGAAGCCCGCUGUGGAAGAGUACGGUUUUGCAGCUAUCUUUGGACCGGACCCUUCCGACGAGGCCGUGCCCGUUGCUGCUGAAGUUCCUGUCGUGGUGCCCAACGGCGAUGUCGUCAUUGCGGACGGUGGAUUCCCCGUCGUCCCCAAUGGAGACGUCAUGAUGGUCGAUCACCCCGAAGUUGCUAUCGUGCCCCCCGCACCGCAGCCAAAAUUGUUCGAUAUCGACCUGGAGCGGAUGCACACCAACUUGUACAAAGGGCGGUACCUGACGCCAGCGGAUUUCCUUGCUGACGUCGAGAAAAUGGCGCUCAAUGCAGCUGCACGUCGGACGGAGGAUCCGGAUCGGUCGUACCGGGCUCAGGCUAUGCUGACUGCUACACAAGUCAGCAUGCAUGAGUUUGAUCCGCAGCUCAGAUAUGAAGCUGAGCGCAUGGCCCCAAGGGAACGGGCGAGGCGAGAGGCUGUGCGUGAACAGGAACGGGCGAAGGCCAAGGAGAGGGAUAAGGAGGAGAGUGGGAGUGAGACUGGGGUCCGGCGGAGUGCGCGACAUAACGGCCAGGCGCCUGAGUUGACCAUCACCGAUCCCGUUCAGUUAGAGCGAAGACUCAAACGGCAGAGAUCUGGUGAUGCCGGAUCGGAGCCUGGCUCGAAGCGAUCUCGGACAGCGGAACCCGUGGAUGGGUACGGAUCUGACGAUCCACUGAACUCGCUGCCGUCGCGGCAGGAAGAUGCGAUGGUGGUUGAUCCCGUCGAUCCCUUCUUGAACCCGGCUCCAAUUCCACUGCACCCGACGGCAGGCUUCGACCCAGCCUUGCUGAACCCGGCUCCGGUGAACAGACCGUUCAUUCCUUCCCAAAUCCCUAUACAUUCUCUGCUAUCGGAGCCUACAAACGAGCCAACCCCUACCCCUGUAAAAGAACCGACCCCUCCUCUCAAAGAACCGACACCUCCAAAAGAACCGACGCCUCCCCGAGAACCCACGCCUCCGAUCCCAGCACGGUCGCCCACUCCCCCACUUCCUGAGUUCAAUCUCGACGAGGGUCUGGUGGGCAAUCUGGAGAGCCUCCUACGGGACUCGACUGCCGGUCUCACCGUCGAGCAGCUUGAGCAACUUCGCGCGACUUGCCUGGCUGCGGUUUGGCGCCACCGCACAGAGUGGGACCGGAACUCGGCAGCUCGCGAACUGUUGGAUAUCGUCCAGGAGUUUGCUGAUGUUGUUAAAGAUGAGAGCGAAGACGAGAUAUAAGGUCUCCCAUUUUUUUUUUGGCAUAUCCGCAUUUUACACUUACUUUGUUGUAUCAGUCCCCCCAGUCAUUAUUACUAUUGUACCCACGCCCAACACCAAUCUAUUUUCAUCUACCGGUUGUUGCCAGGAGCUGUGAUCA